AUGAAAGUUACCACUAGAAGAACAAAUUAUUCUAUCACUCUUCCCACCGUCACUUUGAUCCUUAUAAUCAUUAUAUUUUGUCAUAAACAUUCUAUUAUCUUUCCUAACUUAUAUUUCGAUAAUAUACCGAUACUUGAACCAAUAAAAGAGACUGGCACAUUUAAACUAGUUCAAAUACAUAGGCAUGGGACAGGUCCAAACUAUCAUACCUAUCAAAAGUUAGACAUAACACCCCAGAUCAUUGAAGAUGCAAAGAAUAUAUUUUAUAUAAAUGAACUCGAUUGGACUAGGAACCCAAACUAUCAAACAGAUAAUCCAUUCAAUUUUAAUUUCAAAUUAAACACACAAAUAGUGACUUUGCAUAGAUUGGACCCACAUGAAAUAUUAUCGAAUUUGAAAAUGGACCAGGACUAUACCGAACCUAUACUGGAAUCCCUUUUAAGAUGGGAUCUUGAUGAAAACAUGGUUGCACCAAACAUAACCGAUAAAGGUACAAUAAUAUCCCUCGCUUUAAUGUCGUCAAAUGCCUACGUUAAAAUACCUCAUACAGGUGAUUGGAGAAAUAUAUCCUUGCCUUGGAACCAUUCUGAGUCUCCGGGUAUAGGUUGGGAUGGUAAUGGAAUCCGUGGCCAUGUUUUUUAUAACGACGUGGAAGAUAUUGUUGUCCUCUCCUUAAAGGGAACCAGUGCACAGGGAUUGCCUGGAUCUGGUGUAGAUGAGACAACGGCAAGCGAUAAGUUAAACGAUAACCUUUUAUUUUCGUGCUGUUGUGCUAGAGUCAGUUAUCUGUGGACUACUGCUUGUAACUGCUACAUGAAAUCCAAUACAUGUGAUGAGAACUGCUUGGAGAGAGAGUUAAGAAGAAAGGAUCGAUAUUAUAAAGCGGCAUUAGAUAUCUUUCAACAAGUAGAAUCAGAUUAUUCUAAUUCUACAAUAUGGUUAACCGGGCAUUCUUUAGGUGGCACUUUAGCUAGCCUUGUUGGAAGGACCUUCGGUUUGCCAGUUGUAACUUUUGAGAGUCCUGGCGAAAAAUUAGCAUCUGAAAGACUACAUUUACCUGUCCCACCUGGUCUACCAGAUUACCAAGAGGCAAUAUGGCAUUUUGGGCAUACAGCCGACCCUAUAUUUAUGGGUACUUGUAAUGGUGCAAGUUCUUCAUGUUCAAUUGCAGGUUAUGCAAUGGAGACCUCUUGCCAUACCGGGAAAGUAUGUGUAUAUGACGUUGUUAAGGAUAAAGGGUGGUAUGUUAACAUGUUACAUCACAGGAUACAUUCCGUUAUAGAUGAUAUCAUAUCUGUAUACGAUUCUCCAGCUAAAUGUGUUGAACCUGAACCCUGUGUCGAUUGUUACAGCUGGAGUUUUGUCACUGCAGAGGAAAAUAUAUAA